AUGCGUCUCUCGUUUCUCCCACAAAAACUCGGAGAACAACAAGAUGAAACAAUGUUAUUAGUAUCGGUGAAUGAGUGUAGCAGCAAUGGAUCUUCUUCAUCUUCAUCAGCUGCAGCAAAUUCUACAACAACAAGAAGAAAUAAUUCAUCUUCAACAACACCAUCAAUUUUCAAGAUGAAAACAUCAAUGCAAGAUGAAAGCCUUUUAGCAUCGGAAGAUAUUUUCACUUCUCACCAUCAUACUAAAUAUCAUAAUAGUGGAAGUAUUUAUAAACAACAUCCACUUGCUCCGAAGAAUAAUUAUAAGAAUAUUUCAGUGUCGUUUUUAUCUGAUAGAACAAUUCAAAUUAUUAAAAUUCAACGCCCAGAGGUGAAGAAUGCAAUUGAUAGAAGAACAGCAGAUGAACUUUAUCAAGCAUUCUUUGAUUUUGAAAAGGAUGUAAAUGCACGUGUUGCUAUAUUAUAUGGUUCCGAGACUGAUUUUUGUGUAGGGGCAGAUCUUAAAGCUGUUUCGGAAGGAAAUUUGAAUCAAGUUGAGCCAGUAACUAAAACAGCAAAAGGACCUCUGGGCCCAACUAGAAUGAGCUUAUCCAAGCCAGUUAUUGCUGCCAUUGGAGGAGGUUACUGUGUUGCAGGUGGUUUGGAACUUGCUUGUUGGUGUGAUUUACGAGUUUGUAAGACCAAUUCGAUAUUUGGUGUCAAUUGUAGACGUUAUGGUGUUCCAUUAAUUGAUGGAGGUUCAAUUCGUUUACCAACUUUAAUUGGAUUGAGCAGAGCUAUGGACUUGAUUUUGACAGGAAGAGAAAUUGAUGGAAAGGAAGCACAUAAAAUUGGCCUUAUCAAUAGAAUAAUUUCUAAGGAUGAAAAUGUAUUGGAUUGUGCUGUGAAGUUGGCUAACCAAUUAUGUGUAUUCCCACAACUUUGUAUGAGAAAUGAUAAAACUUCAGCCCUUGAAGCAGCUUAUAGCGGAAAAUCGAUGAAGGAAAAGCUUCAAAGAGAAUAUGAGCUUGGUCUUACUGCUCUUAAUAUUGAAACAGUUAAGGGAGCCAAGGCAUUCGUAAAUAGAAAAUCAAAACUCUAG